AUGAUAUCUACCAUCCCCGGGAUUCCUCUCACAAAUCCUCCCCCACACUGGUAUAAUCCCGAGGUCCGAUGCGCGUACCAUGCCAAUUCUCCAGGGCACCCUAUUGACCAAUGUUGGGCCUUCAAACACAAGGUGCAAGAUUUGAAGGAUGCGGGUUGGUUGUCAUUCGAUGCGAAGCCGGUUGGUAUUCAAGAGAAUCCUUUGCCUGACCAUGGGAAGGACAAUGUCGGAAUGAUCGAGGAACAAGAUGGAGAAAAAUUCGAAAGAAGAUGGGAGCAGAUGACGCUAGACUGGGUGUAUAGUGAACUGACAACGGCAGGCCUAGCAGGGUUAAAGGCUAUUUGCCCUAAAGACGCCCCAUGCACAUGCCAAAAUACUAUGAAAAGAUCAGUACAACAAUGUGAGACUUUUCGGAUUUUUAUAAGUAGCUUGAUUGACAGCAAACGAGUGGAAGUUAGCUGCGUUCAGAAAACAAAUGAAGUUUCGGUCAUAGGGGAAUCUGACCAUCCCCAAUUCACCAAUAGACCAUUUAUCCCCAUCAUGGGAAAAACCCCACGAGUCCCAGAGGCCCCAGUUCGGGUAGUGAUCUCAGCCCCUCGCCCUUUCGCAUACCACAGUGACCAGGCAGUGCCAUGGAGAUACAAUUGUGAAGUACGCACCGAAGGAGAAACUAGCAGUGCUGCUGAAGCAAGAGGGAUAACCAGAAGUGGAAGGGUUUAUACGCCGAAGGUCUUGGAUAAGGUGCAACCUAGCCAAGAACAGAAUAGGAACCUGAAGAAGCCAGUUCAAUCUCAGGAAGCCGAAGAAUUCUUGAAGAUUAUUAAACACAGUGAAUACAACAUUAUUGAUCAACUGAAGAAGAUGCCAGCCCAUAUCUCUGUUUUAUCACUGUUGUUGAGCUUGGAAGCCCAUCGGGAAGCCCUAUUAAAGGCUCUUAAUCAGGCCUAUAUUCCCCAAGACAUCAGCAUCGAUAAUUUUAACCAUGUGAUUGGUGGUCUUACGGCUACCAACUACAUUACAUUCGCUGAUGAGGAGAUCCCCGUGGAAGGACAAGGGCACAAUCAGGCGUUGCACGUUUCCGCUAAAUGUCGAGAUCACAUGAUUGCACGAGUGUUGAUUGAUAAUGGGUCAUCUUUGAAUGUCAUGCCCAUGACGACCCUACAAAAACUGCCUGUUGACCCGUCCUACAUAAGGCAAAACAAUUUGACUGUGCGGGCUUUCGAUGGCACCCGCAGGGAAUCGGUGGGAUCUAUUGAAAUUCCUGUGCAAAUUGGACCAGUCACCUUCGACAUUACAUUCCAAGUCAUGGCCAUAACCCCGUCUUAUAGCUGCUUGUUGGGGAGGCCGUGGAUACAUAACACCGGGGCAGUUCCGUCUUCUCUGCACCAACGGGUCAAAUUUGUAGUAGAUGGGAAAUUGGUUUGUGUAUAUGGUGAAACCGAUGUUAUGAUAACAAAGCCCACUUCCACUCCUUAUGUGGAAGUCACGGAGGAGGCAUUGGAGGACUCAUUCCGAGCCUUCGAGAUCAUAAAUGUCACAACUAUAGUAGAAGGAUCUCCAAUCCCACACCCUCAGAUCCCCGCCGCAAUGCAUAUGAUGGCGUCCGAAAUGAUCAGACAGGGGUACCAUCCAGAAAAAGGGCUCGGAAAAUACCUACAGGGGAUCCGAAAGCCGUUAAUGCUUAAGGAAGUCAAAGACAGAUAUGGCCUUGGCUACAUACCUACGGUGGCAGACCGAAGGAAGAAAGCCGAAGAGAAGAAGAUGCGGAGGGUGGAAAGAAUCACUGGUGAAACAAGCUCCAAGGAAGGACUGUACGUCCCGUCCAUCAGCCAAACCUUCGUAAAAAGCAGUCAAUCCAACCUGGAGGCAGAAUUGCGGCAAUUAAGUAUAUCAGUAUUGGAUGCUGAAGUCCCGUCGAACACUUCUACAGAGUGGAUCCAUCAUCUCCAACCAGGAGAAGAUCAAGAAAUAAACUUGUCCCCUGAAAUGGAAAGAAUGUUAAAGUCCGAUGAAAAACCAACCUUGACCAGUAGCGAUCCCACCGUCAUGAUUAAUCUUGGAACUGAGGAAGAGCCCAAGCAGGUGAAAAUCGGAGCACUACUAAAGGGUGAAGAAAAAGACAAAAUGAUUGAAUUACUAAGGGAAUACCGAGACGUGUUUGCCUGGCCGUACCAAGACAUGCCAGGUUUAGAUACGGAUUUAGUAACCCACAAGAUCCCACUUCACCCAGAUUCAAAGCCAGUAAAGCAGAAACUGAGGAGAAUGCGGCCGGAGAUGUUACUUAAGAUAAAGGAGGAGGUACAGAAACAGCUUGAGGCAGGAUUCUUGGAGGUAGCCCAGUACCCUGAAUGGAUGGCCAACGUUGUCCCAAUAAUCAAGAAGAAUGGUAAAGUACGAGUUUGUGUCGACUACCGGGAUCUAAAUAAAGCAAGCCCUAAGGACAACUUCCCUCUCCCACACAUUGAUGUGUUGGUGGACAAUACUGCAGGGCAUGCUUUAUUUUCAUUCAUGGAUGGAUUCUCCGGAUACAACCAGAUUAGGAUGGCACCUGAGGACAAGGAAAAAACGACUUUCAUCACAUUAUGGGGGACUUUUUGCUAUAAAGUCAUGCCAUUCGGACUAAAAAAUGCCGGAGCCACUUACCAGAGGGCUAUGGUAACCCUUUUUCAUGACUUAAUGCACAAGGAGGUUGAGGUUUAUGUCGACGACAUGAUCGUUAAGUCGCGAAAUGAGAAAGACCAUGCGUUAAACUUGGAAAAAUUGUUCGAGAGGCUCCGGAAGUGCCAAUUGAAGUUAAAUCCCGAAAAAUGUACUUUCAGUGCUACGUCCGGGAAGCUAUUGGGGUUUAUAGUAAGUGAGAAAGGGAUUGAGGUAGAUCCUGACAAGGUCAAAGCCAUUCGAGAGAUGCCUAGCCCAAAGUCUGAAAAGGAAGUGCGAAGUUUCUUAGGUAGGCUCAACUACAUUGCUCGGUUCAUAUCUCAAUUAACCACCACCUGCGAACCCAUCUUCAAGCUGCUGAGAAAGAACAACCCAGAAAAGUGGAACAAAGAGUGUCAAGUGGCCUUUGAAAAAAUAAAGGAGUACCUUUUGAAUCCCCCAGUACUAGUGCCACCAGUACCCGGAAGGCCUUUAAUCUUGUACUUGGCGAUUUCAGAAAACUCCAUGGGUUGCGUAUUGGGCCAGCAUGAUGAGACCGGGAGGAAAGAAAGGGCCAUUUAUUACCUUAGUAAGAAGUUCACAGAUUAUGAGUCUAAGUACUCUGAUCUGGAAAAAACAUGUUGCGCUUUGGUAUGGACGGUCAGUAGGCUGAGGCAAUACACCUUGUAUUACUCCACCUGGCUGAUCUCCAAAAUGGACCCAAUAAAGUACGUGUUUAAAAAGCCCGUAGUAACUGGACGAGUAGCACGAUGGCAGAUGUUGUUGACGGAAUAUGAUAUUUCUUAUGUCACCAGGAAAGCUAUCAAAGGUAGUGUCAUUGCCGAAUACCUAGCUGAAAGAGCCGUGGAGGAUUACCAACCUAUGGAGUUCGAAUUCCCAGACCAGAAUAUAAACUCCCUAACCCAAGAGGAAGAAGACUUCGAAGAAUGGAGGAUGUUGUUCGAUGGGGCAGUCAAUGUUUGGGGACGUGGGAUAGGCGCAGUGCUCAUGUCACCAGAUGGGAAACAUUAUCCGGUGGUAGCUAAGCUCAUCUUCCCUUGUACUAACAACAUAGCCGAAUACGAGGCAUGUAUAUUGGGUUUGCAGACCGCUUUAGAUCGGGGUGUCAAGCGACUAAUAGUAAGAGGAGACUCGGCCUUAGUCAUUCACCAGCUAACCGGAGAAUGGGAAACUCGCGAUUCCAAGUUAGUACCGUAUCGAGAGUACAUUCAAAAGAUAAUAGAAGGGUUUGACAGUAUCAGUUUCUCUCACACACCAAGAGAAAACAAUGUAAUGUCUGAUGCACUAGCCACACUGGCAGCUUUAUUCAAGGUAGAAGAAGGGGUGAAGAUCGAAGCUAUUCAUAUCAGAGUACAACCCGAACCUGCCUACUGCACGGUGAUAGAGGAGGCCGACGGAAAACCGUGGUUUUAUGAUAUCAAAACCUACAUCCAGAAAAAUGAGUAUCCCGAAGGGGCAUCCAAUAAUGAUCGGAGGACUAUUAGAAGGUUGGCCAUGGGUUUCUUCUUAGAUGGUGAAGUUUUGUACAAAAGAAAUCAUGACAUGACCCUCCUACGGUGUGUAGAGGCACAGGAAGCCCAACAAGUCACGCGUGAGGUUCACGAGGGAGUCUGCGGUACCCACGCUGGAGGCCACUCAUUGGCACGAAAAAUACUUAGGAAUGGGUAUUAUUGGAUGACCAUGGAGAGAGAUUGCAUUGACUACGCCCGAAAGUGCCAUAAGUGCCAAGUUUACGGUGAUCGGAUCCAAGUCCCACCAGCCCCACUUCAUGUUCUCUCCGCACCUUGGCCCUUUUCAGCCUGGGGCAUGGAUGUGAUCGGGCCAAUAAGCCCAAAAGCCAGUAACGGACACCGUUUCAUCUUUGUGGCAAUCGAUUAUUUCACUAAAUGGGUAGAAGCCGCCUCGUAUUCCAGUAUCACACAGAAUGUAGUGAGUCGUUUCGUCAAAAGAGAGUUGAUCUGCCGGUACGGAGUUCCUGAGAGAAUAAUCACGGAUAAUGCCAAGAACCUGAACAACGCAGUAAUGACCAAGCUAUGCAAUCAGUUCAAGGUUAAGCAUCACAAUUCAACGCCUUAUAGACCACAGAUGAAUGGCGCGGUGGAAGCAGCCAACAAAAACAUUAAGAACAUUUUGGAGAAGAUGACAGAAACUUACAGAGAUUGGCAUGACAAGCUUCCCUUCGCCCUAAUGGCUUACAGGACUACGACUAGAACCUCCACGGGCGCUACUCCCUUCUCUUUGGUGUACGGAAUGGAGGCAGUGGUCCCUGUAGAAGUUGAGAUCCCAUCUCUAAGAGUUCUAAAAGAAGUAGAGUUGGCUGAGGCAGAGUGGGUACAAUCCCGAUAUGACCAGUUAAACUUGAUUGAGGAGAAAAGGAUGGCCGCCAUGGCCCAUGGACAACUAUACCAAAGAAGGAUGAUGAGAGCGUUUAACCGAAAAGUGCGGCCCCGACAGUUUCAGGAGGGGGAUCUAGUGCUGAAAAAGAUUUUACCGAUUCAUACAGACCCUCGUGGCAAGUGGACACCAAACUAUGAAGGGCCUUACGUUGUAAAGAAGGCGUUCUCAGGAGGUGCCCUACUGUUAGCAAAUAUGGACGGAACUGACCUAUUGCACCCUGUUAACUCUGAUGCUGUAAAGAAAUAUUAUGCCUAA